GGCAUUUCCAUCGACGACAUACAGAAGCAACAAAAGCCAAGAGGUGAUGGCGGUUCACAGCAGCAAGUACGACCUCUUGGUGAAACUUCUCCUCAUCGGAGACAGCGGUGUGGGGAAGUCAUGUCUCCUCAUGCGGUAUUCGGACGACUCGUUCACAACGUCAUUCAUCACGACCAUUGGCAUCGACUUUAAAGUCAAAACCAUCGAUGUGGACGGGAAGCGUGUAAAGCUCCAGAUCUGGGACACUGCCGGCCAAGAGCGCUUUCGAACCAUCACGACAGCGUACUACCGCGGAGCGAUGGGAAUUCUCUUGGUGUACGACGUCACGGACGACCAUUCUUUCCAGAAUGUCCGCAACUGGAUGCGGCAAAUCCAACAACAUGCGUCGCCGAACGUGAACAAGAUCCUCGUGGCCAACAAGUGCGACGUCGAUCCUUCCGAUCGAGCCGUUUCAAAGGAACAAGGAGAGGCAUUGGCGGCGGAGUACGGGGUGCAGUUCUUUGAAACAUCGGCCAAGAGCAAUCUCCAGGUCGACGAAGCAUUCCGCAGCAUUGCCGUCGACGUCCAGAAGCGCCUGGCAGAGUCCGACAGCGAUCGGUUAGACGUCGCCAGCCAGAGCCGCGUCAAGCUCGACGAACAAGCGACGCGGUCGGCAUCGUCGGACGGGUGCUGCUAAACGGUAUAGCGGAACCAGUGCAUGAAUUGAGCUCUACUCUUGUCCUGGGAUUCCAUGGCGGUCCGCGACGGCAAUCCCUU